CAUAUGCCUCCUAUGUUGCAAUAACCGUAUAUAUUUAUUUUACAUUUUUUUUCACUUUCAUUUCUGUCGAGAGUCCGCGAGCUCGAACCUAAACUCGUACCAGUCUGACGCUGCAGGCUCGUCGUCGUACCUCUUUCAUUUUCGUCUACAUUUAGCUGAUUAUUUUUCAAAUAAUAUUAUCACUGUUGUUCUCUUUUAUAUUGUUUUAAUCUAUAAACAAGUGUUUAACUUCGAAUUAUGCUUGUGACAAAACGUUUUUUCACCGAAAUUACUGUGAAUGGUGACGGAUUCCAGUGGUACACCUGAUGCAAAAAUCAUCCAUUUUAUCACAAUACUUUGGACGAGAGUGCGGUGAAAAAUCGUCAGGAGAGCUUCGAUUGUGACAGUGACUGCAUCGACGAAACUCAGAUAACACGAAUGAAACAUGGCGUCUGUUCUAGUGAACAUGGCCAUCGACAGAUAUAUAAACCUCGUGGACUCCAUAAGCGACCCCCGAGUGAACGACUGGCCAUUGAUGGACAGCCCGUUCCCGACACUUAUCAUGGUCAUCACAUACUUAUAUAUCGUCACAUACCUGGGGCCUAAAGUAAUGGCCAACCGAAAACCCUUCAAACUGAACAAUAUACUAGUGUGGUACAAUGCUGGCCAAGUCAUCUUCAGCCUCGUCAUGCUGUGGGAGCACUUGAUGAGUGGAUGGUUGUUGGACUACAGCUACAAAUGUCAACCGGUCGACUAUUCACACAACCCUACUGCACUGAGGAUGGCUAACUUGUGUUGGUGGUACUACAUAUCCAAAUUGACAGAGUUCGUUGACACGGCAUUUUUCGUAUUGAGGAAAAAGGACAACCAGAUCAGCUUGCUCCAUCUGUACCACCAUUCGCUCACACCCAUCGAAACGUGGAUUUGCGUCAAAUUCAUUGCCGGCGGCCACGGAACAUUUUCGAACUUGGUGAAUAAUAUGGUCCACGUGAUCAUGUACUUUUACUAUAUGAUGUCCGCGAUGGGACCUCAAUACCAAAAGUACCUCUGGUGGAAGAAACAUUUGACCACCAUCCAAUUGCUCCAGUUCACUCUAGUGUUUUUCCAUUCAGCCCAAGUGCUGUUCUUUGACUGUGGAUAUCCAAAACUGGUGGCCGCCCUACUUUUGGUCCACUCGACCAUUUUCUUCGCUCUAUUUUUCGACUUCUAUCAACAGGCGUACAAAAAGAACAAGCUGCUCCAAGCCAAAUCGCAGUAAACGUGCAACCGCAUCGGAUCACCACAAUGAAAUGACUAAAAAUCCAAUAAUGGCAAUACAAAAUAUCAUCCAAUUAUUACAAAAAUGUAAUGUUUAAAAAAACAAUCACAUUGUUUGAACUGCACUGCAGCUGCAGCUGUAACUGAUGCAUCGUUAAUUAUUAUGCGCUGUGUGUCCAACUGCAGUUAAUUUGUAUUAUAUAUAUUUUUGUACUUGUAAAAUAUGUGACCUAUUUAAGUUGUUCCCAAAAAGUAAGAUAUAAGUAAACAAUGCACAUCACUUUGGUUCGUCUAUCGAUUGAGACAAUCAAAUAUGUGCGUUGAUAAUAUUAA